UCAAUAAAUGAGAAAGAAUUGUCAGAUUUAUCGAUAUUGAAAGCAAUAGCUAGUUACGGUCCUCAUUCCUGGUUCUAUCUGCUGACUCGGUCCUCCGCUGCUCGGUCUGUGUCUCAGGUGUACUGGGCGAACGGAGCCCAGAUUGUGUCUCCUCAUGACCGAGGUAUCUCCAAGGCCAUAGAGGAGAACCUGGAGCCCUGGCCAGAGUCCUGGAGUGCAGAGGAGGCCCUGAAGAGCCUCCUGCUCAAAGAUCCCUACCAGGACAUCAACACAGAAUACUUCAAAGCCAUCCAGAAACACUGUCAUCACAGGGACAUAAACAAGAGGUCAGAGGUGAAAAUUGUGCAUACAUCUGUGCACGGCGUUGGCCACACAUUUGUCCAGUCAGCUUUCAAGGCCUUCGACCUUCACCCUCCAUACGCUGUAGAGGAACAGAAAGAUCCGGACCCGGAAUUCCCCACGGUGAAAUAUCCCAACCCUGAGGAAGGAGAGGGAGUGCUGACACUGUCGUUUGCACUGGCAGACAGGGAGGGGGCCACUGUUGUGUUGGCGAACGACCCUGAUGCUGAUCGACUGGCCAUCGCUGAGAAGCAGGAGAGUGGACAGUGGCGAGUGUUCACUGGCAACGAGUUGGGGGCGUUGCUUGGCUGGUGGAUGUUCCGCUGCUGGAAAGGGCAGAACUGUGACGCUGCUGCGGUGAAAAACCUCUACAUGCUGUGCAGCACCGUCUCCUCCAAGAUACUGCGCGCCAUCGCUCUCAAGGAAGGCUUCCACUUUGAGGAAACACUGACGGGGUUCAAGUGGAUGGGAAACCGAGCCAGAGACCUUUUGGACCAGGGCAAGACUGUUCUGUUUGCCUUUGAGGAGGCCAUAGGUACACACACACACACACACACGCGCUGUCCACGGGCAUAAUCAUAGGAAAGUGGUUCUGAUUAACGAUCCUCCACGAUGUCACAAAGUACGUUGAUUUGAUCAGUAAGUAGUCACCUGAUGUACAUGUAUCUAGGGUCAGCUGACAGCCAAGAUAUAAACUUGGGUGAGAUGUUGACAGACCUUACUUGAUAAUAGAAACUGCAGAAGAAGAAUACACAUAGAAGUCAAUGCACACUUUAAAUUAAAACAUGUAGAAUGGCAAAGUUUGUUAGGUGCAAUAAAUAUGCAGUUUCUCGUGUAGUCUGUCUUUGUGUCCUCACAUGUGUCUCAGCGUGGGAUGUAGGAUUGGCCAUCUGGCUCUGCUCCUUAGACUGCAAUCGUGUCUCUCUGAAGUUGCUGUACGUGUGUGUGUGUGUGUGUGUGUGUGUGUGUGUGUGUGUGCGCGUGUGUGCGUGUGUGUGUGC